CGUGACAUCACGCGGCGGCACCCCGGAAGUGGAGCUCCGUUGUUUUCGUGCAGUCGACUCGUCGCAGUCUCCGCGCAUUCGACCGACCGACCGCCCGCGCUAUCGCCAUGGCCACGUUCAUCUCCGUGCCGCUGAAGAAGUCCUCCGAGGUGGACGUGGUAAAGCCGCUCUCCAAGUUCGUCUCGGCCACGUACCCGGCGGGCGACGAGCAGGCCGAGUACCUGCGCGCCGUUGAAGAGCUGGGCCGCCUGAGGAAGAGCGCCGUGGGCCGGCCGCUGGACAAACACGACGGGGCGCUCGAGGGGCUCCUCAGGUACUAUGAUCAGCUGUGUGCCAUCGAACCCAAAUUCCCUUUCUCGGAGAACCAGCUCUGCCUGACCUUCACGUGGAAAGAUGCGUUCGACAAGGGAUCGCUGUUCGGAGGCUCCGUCAAGCUAGCUUUGGCCAGCCUGGGCUACGAGAAGACGUGCGUGCUCUUCAACGUGGGAGCGCUGGCGAGCCAGAUCGCCUCCGAGCAGAACCUGGACAGUGAUGAGGGCCUCAAGUCCGCAGCCAAGUUCUACCAGCUUGCCAGCGGAGCCUUUGGCCACAUCAAGGACACGGUGCUGUCGGCGCUGAACCGCGAGCCCACCAUGGACAUCUCGCCAGACACUGUGGGGACCCUCAGUCAAAUCAUGCUAGCACAGGCCCAGGAGGUCUUCUUCAUCAAGGCCACCUCAGACAAGAUGAAAGAUGCCGUCAUUGCCAAGCUGGCCAAUCAGGCGGCCGAUUUCUAUGGCGAUGCCUUCAAGCAGUGCCAGUACAAGGAGAACCUGCCCAAGUAUUUUUAUUUCCAGGAGGUGCUGCCGGUGCUCGCGGCCAAACACUGCAUCAUGCAGGCUAGUGCCGAGUACCACCAGGCCGCCGUGGCCAAGCAGCACAAGAAGUUUGGCGAGGAGAUCUCUAGGCUGCAGCAUGCGGCAGAACUUGUGAAGACGGUUGCAUCCCGCUAUGACGAAUACAUAAACGUGAAGGACCUUUCUGAUAAGAUCUCGCGUGCCCUGACCGCCGCGAAGAAGGACAAUGACUUCAUCUACCACGACCGUGUGCCCGAGGUGAAAGACCUGGAUCAGAUUGGCAAGGCCUCCCUGGUGAAGCCUACUGUCAUCCAGGUGCCCAUGAGCCAGAAGUUCACAGACCUCUUUGAGAAGAUGGUUCCCAUGGCAGUGCAGCAGGCCCUGAGUGCCUACAACCAGCGUAAGGCCGACAUCGUCAACCGGCUCAUCGGCACCAUGCGAGAGGCCACCAACCUCUGCAACGGGGUGCUGGCCUCUCUCAACCUCCCUGCUGCCCUGGAGGACCUGUCCGGGGACUCAGUGCCCCAGUCCAUCCUCGAGAAGUCCCGCGCCGUCGUCCAGCAGGGGGGGCUGCAGAGCAUCGAGCAGCUCAUCAAAGAGCUUCCUGAGCUCCUGCAGAGGAACCGGGAGAUCCUGGACGAGUCUCUGAAGAUGCUGGACGAUGAGGAGUCCACCGACAGUGAGUUGCGGGCCAAGUUCAGCCAGCGCUGGAGCAGGACCCCCUCGGGCGACCUGUACAAGCCACUGAGAGCAGAGGGGACAAACUACCGCAACGUGCUGGACAAGGCAGUGCAGGCGGACCAGGUGGUCCGGGAGCGCUACAACGCCCACUGUGACAUGAUCGCCCUGCUGUGCAAGCCGGAAGUGGAGCUCAGCGCCGCCAUCCCUUCGGCAAACCCGGCCAAGACCCUGCAGGGCAGUGAGGUAGUGAAUGUCCUGCGGGGACAGCUGGCCCAGCUGGACCAGGUGAAGAAGGAGCGCGAGCAGCUGGAGAGCGACAUCAAGUCCAUGCAGCUGGACAUGAGCAGCAAGUUCCUGACGGCGUUGGCCCAAGACGGCGCCAUUGAUGAGGAGGCCCUGUCCGUCACCGAGCUGGACAGUAUCUACGGUGGCUACACGCAGAAGGUGCAGCAGAGCCUGAGGACCCAGGAAGAGGUGUUGGGUAACGUGCAGACCUCUCACCAGGAGUUCUCUAGGCUGAAGGAGUCCAACGCGGAGGCCAGCAGCCGGGAAGAGGUGCUGAAGAAACUUGCCUCGGCCCACGAUAGUUACGUGGAGAUCUCCAACAACCUGCGGGAAGGAACCAAGUUCUACAACGACUUGACGGAAAUCCUGCUCAAGUUCCAGAACAAGUGCAGUGACAUUGUCUUUGCGCGCAAAACGGAGCGAGACGAGCUGCUCAAGGAGCUGCAGCAGAGCAUCGCCAGGGAACCCAGCGCCCCCUCGUUCACCGUGCCCUCGUACCAGGCCAACACAGGCGGUGUGGCCCCCAGCGGCCCAACGCCGGCCCCCAGGACUGUGCCGCAGCCUCAGCAGCAGCCGGCCAAACCCCCACCCCCCGCCAGACCUCCUCCACCUAACUUCUCUCAGCAGGCAGCCAGCACCCCUGUGAGCGCCCCUCCGCCAGCCAGCGCACCCCCUCCGAGCAUGGCCCCGCCUCAUGUUGGCCCCACCCCCGGCCCUCCGACGCAGGCUCAGGGGCCGCCCUACCCGACGUACCAGGGAUACCCCGGGUAUUUCCAGAUGCCUGUGGCGUACAACCCUUACAGCUACGGACAGUACGCCAUGCCCUACGUGCCGUACCAGGCCCCGGGCCAGCCUCCCUACUCCGGUGCAGCCCCACCGCAGCAGCCCCCGUAUCCCUACGGCCACCCGCAACAGCCGCAGCAGCCCUACUACCCGCAGCAGUAGAGGGCGCUCUGUCUCUUGUCCUCACUUCAUCACUCUCUCUCUCUCACACACACACGCACGCACACACAUGCACAGAGCGCUUGCUGCUCCUCCACUGCUUCCUGCACUUGUGUCCGCUCUUUUCUCUCUAGCUGUGCUGUGUCCCACUCGCAGCGCUGGGGCGAGGGCGCACGUCUCGCUGGCGCGAGGAUGCGAGACGCCUCGGUGGUCCAGCGCACGCUGGAGGUCGCGAAAGUUCUGGAACUCGGCGACCUCGUCUGCUUUCAACCUAGGAAAGGAUUCCUGUCUCCUCACAGCUGUGCAGUGUGUACCUCACACUGUGUACACAUGCAGGCUGAAAGAAACACAUCUUACUAAUGCUUUCUAAUGUAGAUAGUUUUAGGGGCAGGACUUGAGGAGGAAAAAAAAAGAGAAAGUCCUUAGGGUCUGUUCUUCAACUGGUCCAAACAUUUCCCUCCUACCUGCAUCGCCUGGUUAUGUAACAAACUGUAUUAUAGACUGUCUCUUUAACAAACUUUUUCAUCUCUUUCCUUUGUCAAGCGUGAUUAAAAUCCUGUUGUAUGACAUCGCUUCCUGUUUUGUGGCAGACCCUGCGUGUGUCUGUGUGAUGUUCUUCUGUCGCCGUCAAUGCAGCACUGAUGCUUCAGUUUUUGUUCGCUGUCGAACACCUCAGCGUGACCAUGAUGUGGACUCUGUGUCCCUCCCGUUUCCCCACGCAGUGGAGGAAAUGUCAACGUUAGAGGAAUCUCUUCAUGUGUGUGCUGGAUAGCUUCUGUAAAAACUGUAAAAAAAUAAAUCUGACUGUAAGGCGGUUCCA